CUUUCCAGCUAGCGGCGAUGCAUGACAGAGGUCGCGGCGAGCAUCGCCGUCCAGCAGCGCCUUGGAUCGGGCAUUUUUGCCUUGCUCGGUGCUUGCGGCAGCUCCAGGGAUUUGCAGAGCGCGGAGAGAGUCCACGCGAUCGUGAUCCGGGCUGGGAUCGAGCAGGGGAUUCUGGUGGCGAAUUCCAUUGUCAGCAUGUAUGGGAAAUGUGGGAGCCCGGAGAACGCGAGGAGGGUGUUUGAUACGUUACAGUGGCCGGAUCUCGUGUCGUGGAACUGUUUGAUUCUGGGAUACGCGGAGAAUGGGCAGGAAGAGACUGCGCUGGAGAUGCUCUUUCGGAUGGAAGAGUAUGGCUGUGCUCCAGACUCGCGAUCGUUCGUAGCUGGUCUAAGAGCUUGCGUCAAUCUGGCAAGAAAGGAGGAUUGGAACUCUGGAACUAAGCUAAAAUCGCUGGAAAAGGCGAAGCUCGUCCACGGCUAUGCGGCCUCGCUUGGAGCUCACAGGAACGACUUUGUUGGCAGUUCUCUUGUCGACCUCUACGCAAAGUGUGGAAGCAUGGCGGAUUCCAGACGGGUGUUUGACGCGAUGGCCCAUCCAACAGCGGUGGCUUGGAACUCUUUGCUGGCUGGAUAUGUCUACAAUGGAGAAGAGAAGGAAGCACUCGAGAUGUUCCAGCUCUUGCGACGUGUUGGUCGACCGGAUGCUCUAGCUUUUGCCGCUGCUCUACGUGCUUGCUCUGGUCUUGGUGCGAAAGGAAACAAGUUGGAUGCUCUGAGCAAAGGCAUGGCUAUUCACAGCGACGCGGAGAAGAAUGGUUUCGAGCCGAAUCUAGUUCUCUCGAACAUCCUGGUGGACAUGUAUGCCAAGUGUGGGAGCAUGGUGGAUUCGAGCAGGUUGUUCUACAAGAUGCCAUUUCGUGAUCUCGUUUCCUGGAAUUCGUUGAUUCUGGGAUACGUGGAGAACCAGGAAGCCGAGCUGGCUCUAAGCUUGUUCACAGUUAUGAUGCGGCUUCAAAUUCGAUCCGACAGUAGAACCUUGGUCGCUGCACUAAAGGCUUGUGGCAUUUUGGCAUCGAAGGAAAAGCUUAAAGAGCUUGGCAACGAGAAGAUGGUCAAGGUGGAAGCUCUUGAGAAAGGAAUGUUUUUUCACUCUAUAGCUGCAAAGGCUGGCGACUUCAACAGUUUCGUUGGGAACACUUUGGUGGACUUCUACGCAAAGUGUGGAAGUAUGGUGGAUUCUCAGAGGGUGUUUGACGGCAUGAAGCAUCGUGAUGUUCGUUCCUGGACCGCCUUGAUACUUGGAUAUGUGGAAAACGGGGACGAGCAACAGGCUCUACAGGCUUUUGAGCUCCAGGACUGUCCUGUUGAUGCUCUUAGCUUCGUCGCGGCGUUGAAGGCGUGCAGUGGUCUAGCUGUGAAAGUGUUGAAACCAGAAGAUCGAGCUCAAGUGCUGGAGAAAGGAAUGGCUGUGCACAGCUAUGCUCGGAAGGAUGGUUAUGGCUCCAACUGGCUGAUUGUGAGUACGCUGGUGGACAUGUACUCAAGCCUCGGUAGUAUGGUGGACGCCAAAAGAGCCUUCGACGGUAUCGAACUAGUUCGUCACGACGUGGUAUCCUGGAACGCAUUGAUCCUUGCGUACAUUGACAACGGGGAGAGUGAAAUAGCACUGGAGUACUUUGCUGAUUUGCGAUCUCGAAGUAUCACCACAAAUGCUUCGACUUUGGCGGUGGCACUCAAAGCCUGCGGAUCCCUGACGGAGCUGGCGACUGGGAAGUCGAUCCAUGGCGACAUUCUGAGAUGCGCGAGAACGCUCGAUGCUACUUACGUUUUUGACUCGUUUCCCACGAACGAGACUGUAACUUGGAACGCGUUGAUGGUUGGCUACAGCCGCGCCGGACAGACAGACAGUCUGUUGGAUGCCUUCGACCGAAUGCAGCAGCAAUCCGUGAAUCCCGACUCGGUAACUCUACUCUUGGCUUUAAACGCAUGUAGUCACGCUGGGCUUGUGGAUGCAGGCAGCGAGAUCUUCCGGAGCAUGGGCUCCAAGUUUAAACUCGAGCCUCGCCUCGAGCACUACCACUGCCUGAUCGAUUUGCUCGGACGUGGCAACCAGGUGAACCGAGCUAUAGAGGUGGCGCUUUCCAUGCCUUACGAGCCAAACGGACUGACUUGGCGGAUCAUUCUCAGUGCUUGCUCAAAGGUGGCGGACUUGGCGGUAGCAAGGAGCACAUUCCAGUCGCUACUUCAAAGGGGCGAUGAGGUACAAGGGUCAGAUUACUCGCUGAUGGCGAACGUUUUGCAGCCGCGUGGAGGAGAAGAUGGUUGACAGGGCUGGCUGCAUUCAUCUGAUA